AUGUACAGGGAUACCACGAGGAUGGGAUCGGUGGUACUGGCGAUCGCGCUGGCGGUGCAGGUCGCCGGUGCGUCGUUGGCCAACGGCACGAGUACCGGGUGCCCGGCGAGGUGCACGUGCGUAAGCUCCAGCGGCACCGUCCGGUGCGUCUUCCAGAAGCUCCAUCGAGUGCCAAGGCUGCCGAGCGACACCGCUGUACUGGACCUGCGCUUCAACGACAUCGUAGAGCUGCGAGCGGGCGAUUUUCGCGGGCUGUCCCGGCUGCACACGCUGAUGCUGAACGACAACCAUCUCCGCCACCUGCCGGCCUCGGUGUUUGCGGGCGCGCCGGGCCUGCGCUACGUCUACCUCUACAAGAACGACCUCGAGUCCAUCGAGCCCGGGGCCUUUGCCGACCUCCCCAGGCUCGAGCAGCUCUUCCUCCACCAGAACCAGCUGCGCGAGAUCCUGCCCGGCACCUUCGACGACCUUCCCAGGCUCGAGCGCCUCUUCCUGCAGAACAACCGGCUCGAGCGGCUGCCGGCCGAGGCGUUCAGGAAUAUCGGGCACAACGCAAAACUCCGGCUGGACAGCAACGCCCUCAUCUGCGACUGCGAGAUACUCUGGCUGGUCGAGAGGAUGAAGGAGCGCGUCGAGAUGCCGGCCGUGUGCCGGGGCCCCCGGGAGAUGGAGGGCAAGCGCCUCGACGACAUGACGCCCGAGGACUUUCACUGCAGUAGGCCGGUAAUAAUGGAGGGUCCGGAGGAUAUGGAGGUGCAGCUGGGCGAGACGGCGAUAUUCCGGUGCAGGGCGGGUGGCGACCCGCAGCCGAGCAUCACGUGGAUGCGGGACUCGAACGAGAUACCCGUGGAGGACGAGCGUUACCAGCUGGCGGUCGACGGCAGCCUCGUCAUCAGCCAAGUUACCGAAAGCGACGCCGGCGAGUACGAGUGCGUGGCCCACAACGGCAUGGGGUACACAAAGUCGCGCGCCGCCAGGACCCUCAUCGUCUCGUCGUCGCAGGCCCCGCGCUUCGUCGAGACCCCGAGGUCGCAGACGGUCCACGCGGGCAUGGACGUGGUGAUGGUGUGCCGCGCCGUCGAGACCCAGCCGAGCAGCCGGAUCGAGUGGUGGCGCGACGGGGCGCGGGUGCACACGCGCGGCAGGUACCAGGUGGAGGACGCCGGCUCGAGUUUGAAGAUCCUGGCGGCCAAGGAGGCGGACUCGGCGCGCUACGUGUGCCAGGCGCGCAACUCGCACGGCUACGCCGAGACGAGCGCCGAUCUUAGCGUGGUCGGCGAGGAGCACCACCCCCCGAGGCUGACCUACCAGCCCCAGGACAUGGAGGUCGAGCUCGGAGCCAUCGUCGAGUUGGCCUGUAGAGCCGAGGGACAGCCGCGGCCCAAGGUAUCCUGGAGGAAGGACGGCAGCGCCCUCGAGGGCAACAGGACCCGCGUCUCGAAGCACGGCAGUCUGUACCUGUACAACGUUACCGAGCGAGACGUCGGCAGGUACGAGUGCAGGGCAGUCAACGAGCACGGCCGAGCGACGGCCUCGGCGCUGGUGCGGGUGCGCCGGCCGGACUCGAACGAGGGCCUGGUGCUGAGGGCCUUCGAGGAGGCGACGCGCGAAAUCGACCGGGCCAUCAACAACACGCUCGAGCAGCUGUUCAACCCGGCCUCGCGGUCCUCGAAUCCCUUCCAUUUGUCCCGGUUUCCCGACGCGGUGGCCAGAAGAGCCGCCCGGCCGGCCGAGCUGUUCGAGCGCACGCUCCUCCACGUGCGCCGGAUGGUCGAGUCCGGGACUUUUGCCAACGCGACCGACGAUUUCACGUACGAGGAGCUCCUGACGCACGAGCAGCUGGUCGAGCUGGAAAAGUUGUCGGGCUGCACGUCGCACAGGCACGGCGAGGAGUGCCUGAAUCUCUGCUACCACAACCGCUACCGGACGAUCGACGGCAAAUGCAACAACCUGGAGCAUCCAACGUGGGGCUCCUCGUACACGGGCUUCCGCCGGAUUCUCCGGCCGAUCUACGAGAACGGCUUCUCGCAGCCGGUGGGCUGGGACAGGUCGCGACUCUAUCACGGCCAUACCAAGCCGGCGGCUCGGCUGGUCUCAACGAGUCUCAUUGUCAGCGAGGACAUCACCUCCGAUGAUCGUAUUACGCACUUGGUCAUGCAAUGGGGCCAGUGGAUAGACCACGACUUUGACCACGCUCUACCCGCAGUGUCGAGCGAGUCCUGGGGUGGCAUAGACUGCAAAAAGUCCUGCGACAACGCAGCUCCCUGCUUCCCGAUGGAAGUGCCGCCUGGCGAUCCGAGGAUCAAGAACCGGAGGUGCAUCGAUUUCUUUAGGACGAGCGCUGUGUGCGGGUCGGGUAUGACGAGCAUCCUGUGGGGCAAGCUCACGCCUCGGGAACAAUUGAACCAAUUGACGAGCUAUUUGGACGCCUCGCAGGUUUACGGCUACGACGACAACGUGGCUCGCGAUCUCCGCGAUUUCACCACCGAUCUCGGACUGUUGCUCGAGGGACCGAGUUUUCCCGGCCGGAAGGCCCUGUUACCCUUUGCCAACGGCCAGUUUAUCGACUGUCGGCGGAACGUCAGCGAGAGCUCGGUCAAUUGCUUCUUGGCCGGUGAUUUUAGGGUCAACGAGCAGAUCGGCCUCACGGUCGUGCACACCGUCUGGAUGAGGGAGCACAACCGCAUCGCCAGAAAGCUACAUCUGAUCAAUCCCCACUGGAGGGGAGAAAAGCUGUACCAGGAGGCGAGGAAGAUUGUUGGCGCCCAGAUGCAAGUUAUCACGUACAGAGACUGGAUUCCUCGAGUGCUGGGAGAUACUUCGGACGAGCUUUUCGGCGCGUAUCGAGGCUACGACAAAAACGUGGACGCGAGUAUUGCCAACGUGUUCGCUACCGCAGCUCUUCGCUUCGGACACUCCCUGAUUCAGCCAAAACUGGAGCGCUUGGGUGAGGAUAUGCAACCGACACCCCAAGGACCGUUGCACUUGAGGGACGCUUUUUUCGCGCCCUGGCGGUUGGUCGACGAAGGUGGCACGGAUCCUUUGUUGCGAGGAAUGUUCGCCACUCCAGCCAAGCUCAAGAGGCCCGAGCAGAAUCUGAACUCCGAACUUACGGAGCAGUUGUUCCGCACGGCUCACGCGGUGGCUUUGGACUUGGCGUCGAUGAACAUCCAGAGAGGUCGGGACCACGCCCUUCCAUCGUACGUCGAUUGGCGGCGAUACUGCAACAUGUCCGAGGUCGAGACGUUUGACGAUCUUAGGGGUGAAAUAAGCAGCUUGCACGUUCGGAAUAAGCUGCGCGAGCUCUAUGGGCAUCCUGGAAACAUCGACGUCUGGGUUGGCGGAAUCCUCGAGGAUCAAGUGCCCGAUGCAAAAGUCGGGCCGCUUUUCAAGUGUCUAUUGAGGGAGCAGUUCAAACGAAUGAGAGACGGGGACAGGUUCUGGCUGGAGAACCCCGUGGUUUUUCAGCCCGAGCAGCUCAGGCAAAUAAGGAAAACGAGCCUGGCGAGGAUCAUCUGCGACAACGCCGACAACAUCACUCGCGUGCAGAGGGACGUCUUUUUACUGCCGGAUGGAGACAACAGUUUCGUCUCCUGCGGGGAAAUACCCGAAAUCGACUUGCACCCGUGGUCAGAGUGCUGCGAAGAGUGCAUAGAGCAGGCGGACGAAAGCAACGCGAUCUCUAGGUCGAGGAGAAACGCGGCAAAGUACUCAGCUACCGCGAACGGUCAUUACGGUCUGAAGGGUCGAGAGGACGAGGUGCGAAAGAAGAUUAAGAGAGUCGAGGAGAUGCUGGAUAGCGCGAGCGAGGAGUAUGCCAGAGUUAGUAGGGUCUUGAGCGACUUGAGCACCAGAAUCGAAGAAAUGAAGCAUCUGCUCGACGAGAUGAAGAGUGUCGUUUGAAGAUUGGACAGCAAACC